AUGGCUGCCUCGGCUCCAUCGGUGGGUUUCUCCUCCGAUUUGUGCCCAAGCUACGCCGUGAUAUGCUCUUUUCUAGAGCGUUAUGGAGCUUUGCUGGAUCUACCGGAGCUCACAUUCCCGCAGUUGGAGAGAUAUCUCCAAGACACAUCUUCAGUUCCAAAGCUCUUGGUGGACCUUCAUGUGAAGUUGCUGAGGAAGAUUGGCAAGUCGGUGUCCGCAGACAGAUGGGAGAAGUACAUUGUGAAGGUGUGCCAUGAGUUCAACAGUACCUGGGCAUGGGAACUUGAAAAUAAAGGAUACAAGGACAUGUCUGUGGAGUGCAAGACUGGAAUCCUCAAACACUUAUGUGAGUGCCAGUUUGAUGACAAUGUCAAGUUCAAGACUGCAAUUAAUGAGGAGGAUCCCGAUAAGAUGCGGCUCCAUCCCAUUGGCAAGGACAAGGAUGGCCUAAUGUACUGGUUCCAACUUGACCAGGAUAACAAUGUGAGGGUCUAUGUGGAGGAGCAGGACGACCUGGACGGGUCCUCCUGGAAGUGCAUUGUCAGAGACAGAAACAGCUUGGCUGAGAUCCUGGCACAGCUGAAGACUCAAAUCGACCCAGCACUGUUGACAAAGAAAGAAGGAGAGGAGGAAGAUGGGAACAAGAAGACUGGGGGAGAAGGGGAAAUUAAAAAGACAGAGGAUACCUCAGGGGAUGAAGAGGACAAACCCUCCAAGGAUACAGUUUCUUUAGUCUCCCCUAAAACAGAGAAUACAGAAAAAAAAUCCCCAAAAGAGGAAUCAAAGCUGGACGAAUCAGAUGCCAAAUCCCCAUCGAAUGGCCUCAAAGACAACCAAGUCGAGUCAGAGUCAACAAGACAAUCCGAGAAGCCAAUGGUGGAUGACAAGGCCACCAUUAACACCCAGGCCAUCAAAGAAGAGCCGAUGGAGGUGUCAGAAUCCAAGGAGAGUACAGCCACAAGCGCUACAGAGCCUCUUGCGGAGAAACAUUGUGUGACGCCACAGACAGAACAGACUGAGGAAGCCAAGAGGAAGACUGCAGAGGAACUCCAAAGGGUGAUGAAGAAUGACCAGCAGGCCAAAAUCCCCUUGAAAAAGAGAGAGAUGAAACUUAGUGAAGAUUUUGAUAAUAGUAGUGGUGGUGGCAGUAGAAUCAUUGUGCGUAACCCAUCUGUUGCUCCUGUCAAAGAAGCUCCUACAGUUGAGGAGACAAGUAAAGAGGUCUCUGUUGCCCUGGUGGGGACUAUGGAGAUUAAAAGCGAUCAAGUGAAUGUUGAUGCUCAGCCUGUCACAGAAAAAAGUGUCAAUAAGGGGAUGAGAGAAUCUCCUAAAGAGAUGGGAAUACAGAGAGAAUCUGCUGAUAGCAAAGAACAGCAAACAAAAGUUGUUGCUAGGGAAGAAUGUGAAGCAGCAGAAGCUAGUGAAAAAGAGAAAACAAAUCUGUCCCUGGACAUGGACAAAAAGGAAGGGGAGAUGGCAAGCAAUGCUGAGGAGCCCAUGGAGGUGGCCAUGGCUGAUGAAACUAACCUACAGAAAACUGUUCCAGCCCCAAAAGCAGAGAAGGAAAGCACUGAAGCACUGAAAAAAUCAUCCCUAAAAGAGGCUAAAUCUUCAUCUCCUCUGACAAAGCCAUUGACUUCAUCUAAGGAUGCAACAAGCACACCGGAAAAGUCCUCUGAUCUUAAAGAGGAACAAAAAGUCAAGGUAUCCAAGUGGGAUGUGAAAGUGCGUCGUACAGAACACAAGACAUCCACAUCAAUAGAAACAGAUAAAAACCCUUUAUCUAGUAAGUCACAGAAACCAGAUGAAACUAAAGGAACAGAUUCAUCCAUUGCAUUUCAAGAGGUAAAUUUGGCUGCCUUUAAGGAAACAGUUGUCCCUAAAGACAGUUGUCCCCUUUCUGUAGUGAAAGAGAUGGAAAAAACAUCCAUUAUAAAAGCCACAGAAAAGUUGUUGAACCCUAAAAACCCAGAAACAUCAGUCAUCACUAAACAAACCGAGAGACCUGAUCCCAUUACAGAUAAACCAGAAAGCUCGAAACGCCCUGAGUCGCCAGCAGUCAUAAAAAAUACAGAGAAUCCAUCUAACAAAGAGAGUGCAGAGAAAUGUGAUGGUUCUAACGAUAUUAAAACAUCUUCUGUCAUUAAAAAGACAGAGAUUUCAGAAAAGAGUAAAGAUGCCAAGAACCUGGCCAGCUCUAAAGAGACCAAUACGUCCUCAUUCCUUAAAAAGGCAGACAAACCAGUUCCCAAUAAAAAAGCAGAGAAACUGGAGAGCACUAAUGAGACUAAUAAAUCGUUGGUCAUUAAAAUGACAGUGAAACCAGAGGCAUCUAAACAUACAGAAAAAUGUGAUACCCCUAAAGACAUGUCAGCUCUCACCAAGGAGAAACCUGCUGUCAGUGCUGUAAGCACACAUACAAAUGUUGCCCCUGAGGUGAAGAAAAAAAACGUCCUGGAGAAAGACUCUAAGAAAACAGCCAUCUGUAAAGAUGAGACAAGAGCUGUUGCAGCAGUGACUGAGAAACAAUCUGUCCCUAAAGACGUGGAGAUGGCAGACAUCUUUGAGAAAUCAAACCAAUCACAACUGGAAGGACCGAAAAAGGUAGCGAAAUUGGGUAUCCCUAAAGACACGUUGAAAUCGACAAUGCCUAAAUACGCAGAGAAAUCUGCUAAAUUGGCUACGCCUAAAGACGGCGAGAAAUUGGCUACGCCUAAAGACGGCGAGAAAUUGGCUACGCCUAAAGACGGCGAGAAAUUGGCUACGCCUACAGACGGCGAGAAAUUGGCUACGCCUACAGACGGCGAGAAAUUGGCUACGCCUACAGACGGCGAGAAAUUGGCUACGCCUACAGACGGCGAGAAAUUGGCUACGCCUACAGACGGCGAGAAAUUGGCUACGCCUACAGACGGCGAGAAAUUGGCUACGCCUACAGACGGCGAGAAAUUGGCUACGCCUACAGACGGCGAGAAAUUGGCUACGCCUACAGACGGCGAGAAAUUGGCUACGCCUACAGACGGCGAGAAAUUGGCUACGCCUACAGACGGCGAGAAAUUGGCUACGCCUACAGACGGCGAGAAAUUGGCUACGCCUAAAGAUACAGAAAAAUUGCCUAAAUCGGCUACGUCUGAAAAUGCUGGGAAAUCGGCUACCCCUACAGACGCUGAGAAAUCGGCUACCCCUACAGACGCUGAGAAAUCGGCUACCCCUACAGACGCUGAGAAUUCCGCUAAAUCGGCUACGCCUAUCCCUAAAGACGCGGAGAUAUUGGCUACUCCUGAAGAAGCAGAGAAAUCGGUUAACACUAAAGACACUGAGAAAUCGGCUAGCCUUAAAAACACAGAGACUGCUUCUAAAAAGAUUGUGAAAUCUUCAAUCUGUGAAGGACAGAAACCAGAUGCCUCUAAAGAAAAUGAGAAACUGGCAGACAUAAAGCCAGCUGCAGCAGAAGGAGAGAAACAUGUCGCCUUUGAGGAUUCCAAGCAAUUACCUUCUCUCAAAGAGUCUGUCCCAGUGGGGAGGAAACAGGAAGAGCCUAUGGAAAUAAGUUCGGAAAAGUCAACAGAUGUAAUUAUUAGGGGACAUGCCGAUAAAGGCUGGACAAAGAAGUCUGUUAAAAGUGGAGAGAAUUCUGAGAGCGAGCCUCAGAAGACUCAAACCUCAGACUCAAACCGCAUAGACUGUAAUGCACCAUCAGAAAAACAGGCUACCAGCAAGAAGGCAUCAUCUCUCACUGAGGCUGAAGGUGAGACAGACAAAAGCCAGGACAAAGUAAUCAAGGAAGAUGCCACAACACAGGGAUGCCCUAAAGAGAAUGAGAAGGAAGAUGAUCAGGCUAAGAAAGAUGACAAAAUGGAGGAUGAUGGUGCUGAGAAAGAUAACUCAACUGCAGCAGAGAAAACGGGUGAGGCAAAAGCAAGUAAAGGGUCUGAGAAUAAAGAGGAUGAAAAAAAGGAUGCAGGAACAACAUCAGAGAUUCAAGAGGAGGGGAUUCGCCUGAAAAUACGGGGGAUUACUCAUCGAAGGAGAGCUGCGCUCCAGAGAACGGAGAGGGACUCUGGGUCCGAUACUGGUGAGACUGGGAGAUCCCUGAGGAGGUCACCCAGGAUUUGCAGGCCAACCGCUAAGGGGGUGGAGUUCCAGGACAGGAGGCUGGAGAAAAAAGAGACCACGCCCCCUGAGGAGAAGGCAGACGAGGAGGAGGAAACUGUUCAGAGGAAACCAAGAGAAAAGGUUGAUCAAGAUGGACAGUCCAAAUCUAAGGGGCGACGGAGGAGAAAGACCCGGUGGUCCAACACUCGAACACGAAGGCGCAAAAAGAAUGGUUCUGGUGAUGACAAUGAAAGCGAGUCAAGCGAAGAGGAGAGUGAGGAGGACGACAGUGAUGAGAGCUUUAAGGUGGAGAAGGGCAAGAGGAGGUGGAAGAACCGGAACAGAGAAAGGCACAGCGACGACUCUGACACCUCCUCGGAUGAUGACCUCCCUCCUAACGAAGAUCCCUGCAAACACUGCGGCCUCCCCAACCAUCCCGAGCUGAUCUUGCUAUGUGACUCGUGUGACAGUGGCUACCACACGGCCUGCCUCAGACCCCCUCUCAUGAUCAUCCCAGAUGGGGAGUGGUUCUGUCCACCUUGCCAACAUAAGCUACUAUGUGACAAGCUUGAGGAGCAGCUUGCUAAUCUCGAUGCUGCCCUGAAAAAGAGGGAUCGCGCUGAGCGAAGAAAAGAACGUUUGGUCUAUGUUGGAAUAAGUGUCGAAAACAUCAUCACUCCCUCUUUGGAGGUAGAGGAAGAAAAGGAGGAAGAAAAGGAAGAAGUGAAGAAACAGAAGAAAGAGAAAAGCAAGAGCUGGGGUCGAAGGUCGACAAGGGCAAAGAAAAGCAUAAGUUAUAGGUUUGAUGAAUUUGAUGAGGCUAUCGAGGAGGCAAUUGAAGAAGACAUCAGAGAGGCUGAUGGUGGAGGAGCUGGUCGGGGCAAGGACAUGGCCAACAUCACAGGCCAUAGCAGAGGGAAGGACAUGUCCACCAUCCUGGCAGCAGGAGAGGUUGGUGAGGGCAAGGAGAAUGGACGCCCGCCACGGCCAAACGCCGGCCAGCGCAGGAAGAAGCGCCGGCGUCUCAACGACCUGGACAGCGACAGCACUGUGGAGGAGGAGGAAAGCGAGGACGAGUUCCGUCUCAGUGACAGUACGGAGGAAGAGGAGUUUGUGGCGUCAGACAAGAGCGACGCAGAGAGCGAAGCGGCAGUCGACUCUAACGACGACAGUGACUUCGGCAGUACGCGACGCAGAACUGCCAGGACAAGGAGGCCGGCCAAAUGUCAAAGGAGCACUCGGCCGCGAAGGCGCCGCAGAGCGAGAGGGUACUCAGACGAUGAAGAGGAGGAGACGAGUGAUGAAGAUGAGGACGAAAUGAUGUCAGAGGGCUCCAGCGAGUUCAGUGACAGCGACCUGGACUGUAGCCAACGCCGAUCCCGCCGUAGUCAUACAAAGAAGCAGGUCAACUACUGCGAGUCGUCCGGCGACUCCGACGGCUCAAAGGCCGGCACCAACCGGGACAAAGUCAAACCGCGGAGGCGCCUCGCCAGCUCCGACAGCGAAGCAAGCUCCUCCAGAGGCUCGGACGUGGGCAAGAGGGAGAGGACUAGGUUGAAGAGGAGGGCUGACUCGUCUGAGGAAGAGUCCCAGCAGCGCCGCAGACGCCUCUCGCUGAAACGGAGGCGAGCCUCCGAGGAGGAUGAUGAUGAUGAUUCCGACGAAUCAUCGGAGGGAGAGCGUCCGGUCCGCAAGCGUGUGAACCGCAUUGACUCGGACGACUCUGACGAGGAGGAGAAGGAAGAAACAAAGGAAGAGGAGGAAGGGGGGGUGCUGGGGAAGGGAGCCAGUCCGUUGGACUACAACCUGGUGGAGCUGCACCCCCCUACUAACGGACAGAGUCCCAUCAAGGCCCUGGAGGGCCUGGCUCACAUUGGGCCCCAAAAACCUGGAGCCACAGCCGUCACCAUAGCACCCAACGGACUGGAGUUGGCGCCACAGGACGAUGAUGAGGACGACCUGCUGGGGGUCACAGACCUAGUGGACUUUGUCUGCAAUAGUGAUGUGUUGUAAAACCAAGUUGUACGUUUGUUCAUUUCUGUAGUAUUGUAUUUUUUUAUAUUAUGUUUUUUUUCUCCACUGAAGUCGUCCACCGUUUAUUCCUGUCCUCUUGUGUUUUUUGUUUUUUCCCCCCAAUUCAUCCUCGUCCCCUCAGUGUGGCCCCAUCCAUCCAUAUGAACUGGAUGCCUUACGGGGAGAAGUUAAUUCUCUUCACUCUUCGCACCUCUCGCAGUUGGAUUGUACAGUCAUUGAGAGCACUAACUCUAAAGGUUGUUUUGUGGCACGUGAAUUAGCUUUGUCUUAUCCUCCAUACUUCGUCACCAAUGGACAUGCGGGUCAGAUACUUGACGACAAAUGAACCUACCUGUUUCUCCAGCCAACUUCCAGGGUUUCCUACUCAGGGGUAUGUCCAUGACCCCACCAUACAAAGAAUCCAUCUCUCAACUUCAUGGUUUUGCUCAUCAGCCCCCAAACGGAAGAAUGCAGACAGAAACUGGGAGGGACUAACUAGACUUGUCCAAUAAACACUCAUUUUUGUUUUC